UCUCGCGCUCUCGCCUCGCUGCUCACCGCCCCACAAUGCGUCCUCACGCUGCUCCUGACGUGCGCCUACUUUUAAUCUGCGUUCAGUUUGCUUGUUGACGUUCCCACCUUGCUACGAUCCGCAAGCCUGCCGACCACCGAGCCAUCUCCUGACCAUCCACGCGCUUCGUCGAGAAUAAGUAUCCAGCCGCUGUCCAGAGAACCAUGUCUCCCCCGCCUAGUCUUUCGCGACACUCUUCUCUCGCAGACCGCUUCUCAGCUGCGCUUCCGCCGAACAAACGCCCCCGCCUCCCGAGCCUGCGCUCUCGCAAGUCCAACGCCCCUCUGAACGGUACCGAUUCACGCCGCAAUUCUUAUCAGCCUUACUCAGUCUACCAGCAAACUAUGUAUCCGACCAUUCUCCGUGACCCUGAUGCGACCAAUAAAUUAUUGGAGGCUAUCCUCGAGACACCGGGAGGACGUCGAUCCCUCUCGCGCCUGGCGCGCACUUGCAAGGCCUUCCAGGAGCCGGUACUCGAGAUUCUCUGGCGCGACCUCGACUCAAUCAACCCGCUGAUCGGGCUUUUCCCGAACACAUUGCUCAGGCGUGCUCGUCGCCCUGGGCUCGGUUUGGCGAGGAAUCCGGAGCCGGACGACUGGGCCCGACUUCUGGCAUACGGGGAACGCGUACGCAGCAUCUCCUACGUGGAGAGCUCUGGCAGCGUCUCGCCGUCAAUCUUCCCUAUCUUCGAGGACCUCCGUCCCAGGAAGUGGCUCCUCCCGAACCUGACUUCGCUCACCUGGAAGUGCAAGCUGUUUUUGGGUCCAGAGCUGCGUAGCCUGACCAUAGAAGUCGGCACGAAGCAUCCCAAGCUGCACGACUUGCUCGUGGAAGUCGCGUCGCACGCACGACUCUCGGCGCUUUCCUUCACGGUGCACACGAACCUACCCGACAAUUUCACCGAUAUUUUCCAGAACAACAUCGCCCUCGAGAAGGUGUGCAUCGCUGCACCUGGCGCGCUUGCGUCUCGUGUGGGCAAGUGGGCGGCGACGCUGCCUGCCCUGCGCAGCUUCCAAAUCGACCUGACUGGUCGCACGACGACUGCAGUCGAGGGUUUCUUUGAUGACAUCAGUCCCGGCUCAGGCUACUCGACGCCGAGCUCUGUUGGAGGGACUGACAGCGGCGUCUUCUCUGGAGAGGAGUUUGACUUCUCCGAGGUUCGCAAGUCUGCGGCGCGCCUUACGCAGGGCGGGCCUCGUCGCGGUGCCUUCGCGCAACUCUCCAACUUGAGAGUCUCUGGAGACGCGGCCAACGUCGCCACGUUCUUGAAGCACAUCACCAGCCCGCUCACGACGCUCGAGGUCGUCAUCGAUGAUCCGCCGGCGUCCGAGGACUGGCAAGACGUAUGCGGGCUCGUGUGCGAGCAGUUUGGAUACACACUCCAAGUCUUCCGCGUGAGCGCAUCCUCGGCGUCGCGGUUCUCCGAGCUCGUUCGUUCGACGUCCAGAGGCGGCGACGCGCCCACGCGGUAUCUUCCUCUCAGCCACCUGUCCUACCUUCCGCGCCUCUUCUGCCUCGACAUCGACCUGCCAGAGUCCGUCGUCUUCUCUGAGGAAGAUGUCGCCCAUCUGGCGAAAAUAUGUCCUUCGCUGGAGAUCUUGCGACUGUGCCCAUCAGCUCGCUUCCCUCCAUCCGUGGGCCCGCCGCCCUUGACGCUCAACGGACUUGCGCCGCUCACCCAGAACUGUCGCAGGCUGCACACCGUAGCGGUUGUGGUGAACGCGAUAGAAGGGAAAGAAUCCAUCUUCUCUACGCGCGCUGUGUCAUCGCGCUCGCUCCUUCGGUUGAAUGUGGGCCAUUCGUACAUCAGGGAUCCGCUGCAGGUUGCCGUACUUCUCAGCCACUUCGCGCCUCAUCUGGACGUUCUCAGGUGGUUCCACGAGAAAAACCGGGCGGGAGUUAUUGAGACUAAUGCAGCGUCGUGGCAGAAGGUAUCCGACUUCCUUCCUUACCUGCAAGACAUCCGACUCCGAGAGAGGCAGCAGCAAGCACCUCCACCCACCCCCGUCUACGUGCCGCCUCCAACCGCUGAAAAAGCUAUCGACGCGACUGUGAUCACUGUAGACCAGGGGGUACUGGCUACGCCCGAAGUCGAGGACGACGGCGUUCAGGCCGAAGUCGAGCUUGCAGACAUGGGCGUACAGAUAAGUCCUGAAGUGGAGUCCGUCUCCAUCGAUGCGACACCCUUGCUCGUCGACACGGGCAUCAUGGUCAUCCCGGCGGUCGCGGAACAUGCAGUGGAAGCGCGUCCGGAAUCCGCAGACAAAGCAGUCGGCGUGGACGAUGAGGUUCUCCCCGAGACAGCAUCGACCCAGACCGGCGAUAAGCCAUCCGUGUCGACAUACAUUCCCUCCCCGGCAAUGAGUGUGCUCUCCUUCACCGUCGCUGUCUACCGCUUCUACACGUUUCCAUUUCGUUACAUGUUGUCCUUCAUGCCGUCGUUGUCAAGAUCGGGCGCAACGGCUAUGCAGAUCGACUCGGAGCCAAAGUCACCCGUACCUGGAGGAAUGGAGGAUGAGGCGGGUUCUGAAAAACAAGGGAACGGAAACCCGACGGACUACGCGCAGCCUACGGACGUCUCUCCUGUCGGUCCCUGAUUCUCUCGCUGUAGAUUAUGCACUAUGCUUACAUGUACUAUGCUCUCGUACGCACGUAGGACUCCACUGCCACUUAUGCCGAUAUGCAAUCCACUUCAUCUGACACCUCCCAGCCUUCCUCCGUGGAUGCGAUACAACAAGAACUCGUCAUAUAUUCGACACUGGGCAUCGUUCCUCCGCCGCUUGGUGUUCAUGAACAACACGCUGG